AUGAGCGUCCUAAAGAAACUAGGUGAAUUAGUUACCAAAAAAGGUUUGGAAAGUCGAAUACUGAUUACACCUCAGAUGUUUUCUUCUCCUGUAUCUCUACCAAAAACAGUGCUAAAAUCUACCUCUAAUGGAAACGUUAAGAACAACCCCUCGCCCAAACCUGGAAAUAUUUCUAAGCUUUACGAAGACCAUCAAACAUAUGUAGGAAAAAAUUCAGCUUAUCAAAAAAAAUUAGUGAAAGAUUAUUUAUCUACAUUUGAACAUCUACGUCCAUUCAAAAGACUUACCAUUCAAGAUGAUUAUGACGUCGAAAGAGCAAAGAAACUUAAUUUGUUCAAGAAAAAACUAGUAUCGAACCCUAAAUUUAAAGAGACUCAGGAUGAAAUUUUUCUGAGUAGGAUAAUCCCACUUCUAAUACGACAAUGUCGAAUACCUGUAAAUAAAAAUAACUUGUAUGAUUCUUCCAUACCAAAAAGAAUAUUCCCAAAGGAUUCCUAUGCAGAAAUCCCAAUAAUACCUGAUUUUCAGGAAGACCCCCAAGCAUUCACCAAUUACAUUGGCCUAUUAACACAUACCAAUUUCCAUUUUAAAAACUCUAGUUUGACAAAUGGUAUUAUACCGACUUUACUAAGAACAUUAUUGCAUCCUCUGAAUAAGACUACCGCACCUUAUCAAACUACCGAAACCUACAAUGACCUGAUAUUUUAUUUUCACCAAAAGUCAGACCUGGCAUCGAUGAGAGAAUCCCUAGCAAUAUUAAAACUAAGCAAUUGUAAACCAGAUAUUAAGACGUACAAUUUGAUGUUAUCUGGAUUAUUAAAAAAUUCCAACAAAGAGAGUAGUCCCAACGAAAAUAAAAACAUCACAUACUAUUUGGAAAGAAUGAUAAAGGAUGAAGUGAAAGCGGAUAAUGUAACAUGGAAUAUCCUAUUUCAAUUCUUAGGAACUGAUAAAGGUAGGACCGUAUUUAUGGAGACAAUGCGAGACCUUCAUAUUAAAAUAUCGCAUCGGUUUAUAAUUACAUUAAUUCAAAAAUCCCAGUCAACACAAACCAUGAAUGGGCUAUCAGUAUUAAAACUAUUUGAACAAUAUAACAUUCGAAUGAAUAAUGACAUUUUAAAGUUCUGUAUUUCGAGGUUUCUUAGAGAUGGUCAGCUAGAUCAUGCAUUGACGACGGUUCAACAUAUCGUCAGGGAGAACAAAACCUCCUGUGCCAAGGGACUCACUAAUAGGACAAUGAUUAAUAGUGAAAUAUUAAAUCUAUUCUUGUACCAUUUUGGCAAUGCUGGUCGCCUAGAUCUUUCCUUAAUGUCCCUGAACACAUUUACUAAGGACUAUGGUGUUAAACCUAACCCUACAAGUUUUGAAAUGUUAUUUAAAUCAUUAGUUCGUAAUGGCUAUUCUGUAAACUUCCCUAUAAUAUUCAACUGGAUGAAGCGACUUCGAUUUAAAUACACAAAGGAAAUGCGUAACAAUUAUUGGAAAGUUAAAGCUGACUCGAUUGUCAAAUUUAAUUGUUUGAAAGAUGUCAAAGAAGAAGAUAUUAGCAGAUUUGAAAUAAUGAUACGUAAUUUCAAAUUAAAAGACAAUAACAAAGGGUACAAUACAUGGCAUAAUGCAACGAAGGAGGAAAGAUAUAUAUUAAGAUAUAUCAAUUGUCGACCAAACAAUGUUAAACAGGCGGAUCCUUCGAAGAAAACUCAUAAUUCGAUUCAAAAUAAUAAGACUACACACAAACAAAAAUUAAAAUAUCGUGAAAAUAUUCGUAAUAUCGCCAUACAACAUGCCGCAGUUAAGCGUAUUCCAUAUGCUAAGGAUUGGUACGAAGGGCUUAAUAAAGAGUUGGAAGAUCGUAAUUUACUUCCAGAUACAAAUCCGCGGGAUUGA